ACGUCGAAACGUGGCUGACGUCUACGGCUUUGACUUGUCAAUUUGUGUUCCAACUUCCACGAUCGUUUACUGACUCUCACUUGUAAAAAUUGUAAAAAUUAAUUCGCAAGAAACUACUUGAUCUACAUAUUUUAGUGCUAAUUUAAGGGAACAAAUAAGUUAUUAAAAAUGGAUCAAAUCGCAAAAUUUGUAGAGCCAGGCAAACAAUUCGCAAAAGAUUCCAUCAGAUUAGUAAGAAGAUGUACAAAACCCGAUAGAAAAGAAUUCCAGAAAAUUGCCAUAGCUACAGCAAUAGGCUUCUGCAUCAUGGGCUUCAUUGGAUUCUUUGUGAAGCUCAUCCAUAUUCCCAUCAACAACAUCAUUGUGGGCUCGUAGAUUAGGCUAGUUUAGUGCAUAGGAACUUUUGCCACAGCUUAGCAACCAUACAGUAUUUACCCAUUCCUAUAAAUUAAUUCAUUCAUGGUUCAUUUGACAAAUAUUCCAUUUAUAGUGUUUUUGUUGUAUCCAUUUGUAGCAUAAACUUUGUGCUUAAAGUUAGUUUAAAAGAGUAACUAAACAUGUUUAAUUUUUAUGUAUCAGAUGUUGCAGUAAGCAGCCUGGCAUGCCUCUAUAAUAAUGUCGUCAUGUACAUAUUUUAAAACACAGUUGCUAUAAUAUUGCUUAUGUUGUGCAUAAAUGCAGCUCCAAUUUAUGUGUUAAGGAUGUAAUGUAUUUAGAUUGAAUUAUUACAAAUUAUGAUUGAUUGCUCAGCAAGGCCAAAGUCAACUGUGUAGAGUUUCUGUCUAAACCAGUUAUUGAACAUGAUACUUUUCAAACUGUAUGAUAACUAAGCUGUGGUCUGUGUAUGUUAAGCUCUCAGGUGUUGACUGGUGUUAAGUUAAUUCUCAUACUAUCAGAUUAUUAUCAUUACAUACAUUUUAUUAGAAUAAAUUAUUUCAUUUUCUAA